AUGUUACCGUUUCAUUAUGCCAAACCAGAAGUCAAUAGAGAUGAAAAUUCGUUACUGAUCCUAUCGAAUAAUAUUGAAAAUAAUUUAAGUGUUCAAAAUGGGAUAUCAAAUGUCAACCAAGUAGAUUGGAAUAAUUUCUUAGAUGAAGGUCUGCUAUCCACUAUUUCAAACACUGGUGAAAUCAAUGUUAAGAAGGGCACUCUGUCUUUGAAGAAAGCUUAUCAAGAAAACAAAAAAGUAGAAAAAAAAAGGAAACACAAAAGCACUACUGCCAUCAAUAACCACAAUAAAGAUACUUCAGGGGAACCAUUCUUACAAAAACCUAAAUGCAGUUUUAGAAAAGAAAAGUAUACAAUCACAGUUCAGAACUGGCUAAAAGACAACUGUUAA